GCUUUAAUAGCCGCUGUAUCCAUCCCAGAGAGCUCUUCCAUUAGAGUAGAUCUGUUCUGGCCACGUUGGAUCCAGUUUGGAGCUUUAUUGGGAUCGUGCAGGAUGUCGUGAAACACAUGGAGUAGAAAAGCCAAGAUGGAAAACUUCAGCAUGACAUGCCUGUGGAUUGUUUUUGCAUCACAUUUGAUUUUCCUACCACUGACAGGGUGGUGCAAGCCCAUCAUCUCCCCCAGUGGGCCUCAUGUAGUCGUUCCCAAGCGGGGGAGGCUGGAGCUCUAUUGCCAUGACAAUGCCACAACGUCUGGCGCCACAUCCAGGUUGAGGUGGCAGAGGGAGAACGCUCGCAGACUGGAGGGGGAAGCGGAGGAGGGCGGUGCGGCUGUUGUCAAGGUGCCCGCAGUGCUGGCCUACCACAUGGGUCGCUACGUGUGCAUCAAUAACAGCACACUAGAGAGCACGUCCAUCUACGUAUAUGUGAAAGACCCUGUCAGUGCCUUCCAGCGUACCAUGGUUAACGUCAUCCUGGUACGCGCUGGUGAGAACUGCACCAUUCCCUGCCUGGUGACUAACCCGGACGUGACAUUGCUAGCCUUGCAAACGUGUGACGGGGGACCUUUGCCCUCCGCCAUGAGUUACUGGACCCACCACGAGCAAGGCGUCAUCAUCGCCAAUGCGAGCAAGGAGUUUGAAGGCUGCUACGUGUGCGUGGGACAGCUCGGAGCAGAUAAAGUGACAUCGAGCCAAUACACGGUGGACGUGCUGCUCGUUCCGGAGGUGCUUCCCGUCAUCACAUUGUCCCAAAGGGACAAGGUUAUCUUGCGAAAGGGAGAGAAGUUUGAGCUUACUUGUAGCUCCUCCAAUGUCAACCCGGACUUUAAUGUCAAGUGGGACUAUCCAUCAACGGCGCAUCCAAAUGAAGCCCACACCUCACACAUCCUACCCGGCUCACGAGGUUAUCGACGGGCCUCCCGGCUCUCGAUAGGCUCUGUGAAGCGAACAGACUCGGGGACGUAUCGCUGCUCGGCCCACAACGAGAGAGGUGGAAGCUCCACAGCACUCCACCUGGAUGUCCGCGAAAGGGGUUUCAUUACCAUGUUAAGCCGCCCAAGUCCCAUCCAGGCCGGCGUCCGCGAGGGGGAGAGCCUGAAUCUCAGAGUUGAUUUAGAGGCCUAUCCAUCACCCGACCUUCUGUCUUGGUCUUACAACGACAAACAACUGCUCAACACCACAGAACACGUUAUCACUAUCCACCAACACAAAUACAGGUUCAUUAGCGAGCUAAAAUUGGUAAGGGUCCUUGGCUCGGAGGGUGGCGUCUAUAAAUUCUCAGCCAGUCAUCAAGACGCAUCCGUCGACCAUCUAUUUCACGUAUAUGUCAAUAGUAAGCCUGUCAUCAUCGCCCAGGAAGGGCCAGUCGAUGGUCAGGUGCGGUGUGUUGCCGCCGGUCACCCAGUUCCAAAAAUCAGCUGGUACAUCUGUGACAUUCCUCACACAAGGUGCUCACACCUACCCAAUGCCACCCAAUGGGAUACUGCGGAUGUUGCCAUGGUGACAGAGUCCACCUUUAGUAGGAGUGAGGUGGAGAGCCGACUGAACAUCAGCAAGGAGUAUGGCAACUAUCAUACGCUGGAGUGUGUGGCAUCUACAGAGCGGGAGGAAGCUUAUACGCUCUUCUCCAUCAGCGAGCGACUCAUCCCGCAUAAACUGUUCACUCCACUUCUAACUGGCAUGGUGGCCACUGGCGCUUUCCUCUGCCUCAUCCUGGUGGUGCUGCUCUAUAAGUACAUGCAGAAACCUAAAUUCCAAAUCCAGUGGAAAGUCAUCGAGAGUAUCCACGGCAACAACUACAUUUACUUUGACCCCACCCAGCUUCCCUACGACUCCAAAUGGGAGUUUCCUCGGCAGAAGCUACGCUUUGGUAAAACUCUGGGUUCUGGAGCUUUUGGAAAGGUGGUGAGGGCCACGGCGUAUGGCCUGAACUCAGCUGACACAGUCACGACUGUCGCCGUCAAGAUGCUCAAACACAACGCUCACGCCACGGAGAAGGAGGCGCUGAUGUCGGAGCUGAAGGUUCUCAGUUACCUCGGCAACCACAUGAACAUCGUCAACCUGCUGGGAGCCUGCACGGUCGGAGGUCCAGUUUUAGUGAUCACCGAAUACUGUUGCUAUGGCGACCUCCUCAACUUCCUGCGCGGAAAAAGAGAGUCCUUCCUAAAUUCCCAGACGGGCAACGGUUACUAUCGCAACGUGUCCAAGCAAACAGAGCCUGCGAGCAGCGAAGUGACUAGUCGAGAAUAUAUGGCCAUGCGUUCCACGGACAAAGAAAGGUCCUCACAGUCAGAAGAUGCAGACGAGCUUUCAUUGGCCGCUGAAGAUCUUUUGAGCUUCUCCUACCAAGCGGCCAAAGGGAUGGAAUACAUCACAUCUAAGAAUUGCAUCCACAGGGACCUGGCAGCCAGAAAUGUUCUCCUGACUCAUGGUAGGGUGGCCAAGAUCUGCGACUUUGGUUUGGCACGGGACAUCACCACCGAUUCCAGCUACGUGCUCCGCGGCAAUGCACGUCUUCCAGUCAAGUGGAUGUCUCCUGAGAGCAUUUUUGAUUGUGUCUACACAUAUGAGAGUGACGUGUGGUCCUAUGGCAUCUUGCUUUGGGAAAUCUUCUCACUGGGUAACAGUCCGUAUCCCGGGAUGCAGGUGGGCUCAACAUUUUAUCGACUGAUUCAAGAGGGCCAUAGGAUGAGCAAGCCUGAGUUUGCUCCCAUUGAGAUGUAUGACAUGAUGCUCUCAUGCUGGAAUCAGGACCCUUUAAAAAGACCCUCUUUCAGAAAACUGGUCGAGAGGACUGAGCUUCUUCUGUCAGAAAAUACCCGGAAUGUUUAUCUGAGGCUGAGCAACGCCGCAGGUCCAUCGGACCAUCAGAGGUCUCAAUCGCGGAGGCUGAGCUCCGUGUGCAGCACCACGGCCCCCAACCAGCCUUUACUGCAGAGUACCGCAGACGUAUUCAUGGAUUAUGUCUGAAACACUCCUCACAAGAAGAAAAUCUUUCAAAAAGGUUACACCUUACAUUUGAACCGGAGUCAUCUUCAGCUGCAUGUCCGCGGCGAGUCCUGCAAAAACACAUUCCACAAACAUGGCUGACAUGCUGUGCUGAAACUGCUAUAUUUUGCCACGGGAAUUCUACAUUUUUGCCAUUAUUUCAAAGAUUUUUGAGGCUUUUAUAUAGGUUUCAUUAAUAAAAUCAAGAAAAACGCUUAUGUUUUAUACUAGUAAAACUACUUUUGUACUGAAUCUGACUAAAUUCUCACGGAAAUGGGCUGCAUACACGCACAAACCUGCAUGAUUUGAAUCACAGGUGUCAAAUUCAAGGCCCCGGGAUCAGAUCACGUCCAUUGUGUUUCUUAAAUUGGCCCGCGAAAACAAAUAGUUUUGUCUACUUCAUGUUUAAUGCUAAAUACAUUUGUUUGUUUUAUUCUGGCAGGAAAUCUGUACAGAAAUUAGUAUUUCUUCACAACAGAUUUUACAUUCAUGUCUUUUUAUUUUUAUUCAAUCUCUUCUCAACAUAGUGAACGGUUAGUUGUAUACUUAAAGAUGUGUGCAACAAUUUUCACAAUUCAACUUUUAAUUUCAAAUUCAAUUGGCACGUAAGAAUCAAUUUCCAGCGCAAUUAUAAAAUAAUAUAAUGAUGUGCCCUAUGUUUAAUCAUACAUUUAUAUGGUUUUCAUACCACUGGUCUUACUGUAUAUAACAAACACUGGAUACAACCUGCACAGCUCUCAGUUAUCUCCUAUUGAUUUGUGUGGUAGGCUACAACUUUCCAAGUGCACAUGGAAAAUAAAGCCAACUAUAGCAUUAACAAACCAUCCCUCGUGUACAACAGCGUCAGGUUGGGGGGGGGGGGUCAGUGAGAUGGCCCCCCUGUGAUCAGGCAUUUUGGAAAUGAUUGUUGCUGACUACAGAUUUCUUUCUGUCAGACCACGCCAUCUUUGAAUAGGCACGAGCCAGCUACUUGACAGCCAUCUUGGCUUAGUUUAGCAUCAUGACAA